UCACCCUUGGAUUUUGCGGGAUGGGUCAAGAGCUUUUUUAGUGCCACACUCACCCAACAAUAAAGACUGAGGCAGUUUUUACUGUCAGUAUUUGUGGUCUAUCUGAGUACAGCAGUGGUGUGUCAGAGGCAGGGACGGACCAGCAGCCAUGGAUGAUGUAUAUAAAGCAGCGGUUGAAAACUUGACAGAGGAACAGAAAAAUGAGUUCAAGGCUGCAUUUGACAUCUUCAUCCAGGAUGCAGAGGAUGGCUGCAUCAGCACCAAAGAGUUGGGGAAGGUGAUGAGGAUGCUGGGACAGAAUCCCACACCUGAAGAGUUACAGGAGAUGAUUGAUGAGGUGGAUGAGGACGGCAGUGGCACAGUAGAUUUUGAUGAGUUCUUGGUCAUGAUGGUCCGCUGCAUGAAGGAGGAGAGCAAAGGAAAAUCAGAGGAGGAGUUGGCUGAACUUUUCCGUAUGUUUGACAAGAAUGGAGAUGGCUACAUCGAUUUAGAAGAGCUGAAAAACAUGCUGGACUCCACUGGAGAGUGCAUCACAGAAGACGACAUUGAGGAGCUGAUGAAGGAUGGGGACAAAAACAAUGAUGGCAAAAUCGAUUAUGAUGAGUUCCUGGAGUUCAUGAAAGGUGUUGAAUAAAGGAUUCAGCUGAAGCUCUCACACUGCAGCAUCUAUGUUCACUUCAGACAACAUCAUCUAAGUCCCUUCCUGAGGACAUGUUUCCAGCUUUCUGUCUGCUUUUAACAAUAGUAACAACACACCUGUCCUCAGCAGACACCUGUCCUGUCAGGUACUCGUACACAACACUGCCAAGGGCCUGAAAGCUUUGCCUUGCACCAACUGUAAUAAUGUAAAAGCUAUUUUCAAUAAAAAGAUUUUCAUAAUUGUA